AUGGCAUCUGCCACAAGCUCGCAUGCCAGCCCAGAUCCCUUUGAUCUGGGUGUCCAUACCCCGCCCAACCUCGCGCGAUUAGCCCGUGCAUCUCAGCUUCGACAUAGUUCCCCCAUUGCGAGCCGUCCCAUUGGUCUCACAUCCGCGUUUCGGCGACCGGCGGCGACGCCGUCCUCGCCCCUUAUCAGACUCUCAAUGCCGCCGCUACGGAAGGAGCGCAGCCCGGUCUCGAUCGUUGAAGCUGCCAACAAGCUCGCAGUUGAACAAACAAAUGCCUACAACGCCAAAAUGACAGUGUUCCGAGCCUUUUGUGAAUCGUUCGAACAGACUGCGAAACAAUACACGUCCGGCCUUGAAUACAGCUUUGCGGAACAAUUUUCCAACAGCUUCCUCGACUUUUGGAAGCAGGCGCUCUCCGACCUCAAUUCCGCACCCGCCCCGACCUACAGCAGCGUCGCCGCCGGUCGCCCUCCCCGCAACAGCAACGACCACAACAACCAAUCUCCCGUCUCCAGGGACGACCAAUCCCGCCCACCAAAAGAAGACCUCCGUGUUUUCGUGCGGCUCGAUGCCGAAGCGCCGGCGCGAGACCACAGCAGCUACGCAAUUCGGACCCACAUCGCCGCCAAAGUCGGCAUCGACUUGCACCGGGUCCCGGCAGCUUUCAAGGUAAACUCGGGAUGGGCCAUCCGAACAACGGACGCUACCAUCAGGGACCUCAUCGUCCAGCGACAGUCGGAAUGGUCCGAGGACCUAGACGCGACCUCGGGCAAUGAAGUCAACUACGAGGCGGCCGUCAAAGACGAAAUCGCCUGCCAGACCGGGCUCACACCCAUCAGCAUCCGUCCCAGCCGGCACGAUUCAAGCGACCUUCCGACUGUGACCGACAACCGUCCUGCAAGCGUUGCGGAAGGAACGGCCAUGACGCGAUCACACGGCGUCAUUCGCCGCCUGACGAAGGAGGAGAAAACCCUCGUCCGACAGAUGGGCACCCAACUAUUUGCUCAGCGGAAGCAACAGUUCGAGCGCAUAGACCAGCCCGAACAGCUAGAACGAGACUCCUCCGAGAUUCUCAAUUCCAUAGCUCCGAGCACUGCUCAGUCCGACGACCAGGAAGCCGAGCACCCAGAUGACAGGUCACGGGGCAGGAGCGAAACCUCGGUCCUAAGCUCGACCAGGACCAUGUCUCCGCCAUUCAUUAUGGUAACCACGACACCUCAGCCUCAGAGCGAGGGCAACGAAUCUAGACCAGCUUCCCUUCAAAGAAGCGACGCAUCAGCCCCAUUGCACUAUCUCCAUGACGAGACAUCCCGCGUGAACCAAAGCGACAAGAAGACCCUGCGAGUCUUCCAAGCUAACGUUGGCAAGAUCUCGCCAGCACAUGACUGCGCCCUUGCCCUCGCCGACUCUGAACGAUACGAUAUAGUGCUCCUCCAGGAGCCGUGGACGGAAGCCAAGGACGGCCGAUGUCUUACCAAAACCCACCCAGCCUACGAUACCUUCUCCCCAGUCGACAGCUGGGACGACAACAGCACCCGACCCCGAGUAAUGACCUAUGUCCGGCGGAGUCCCUGCCUGAUGACAGAUCAGAGGAGGCCUGUGGCGACCCGCGACAUUCUCUGGCUCACCAUCAACAACAUAACAGUAGUAAACUUCUAUCGACAACCGCACUACGAUGAAGCACUGGAGAUGCUCCUCCAGUGGACCACACCAGGAAGCUUGCUCAACCCUGCCGAUGUGCCAACGAACCCACAUGGCAACACAAUAGACCUCGCCUUCUCCAACAUACCACUAUCCGAAGCUGUCGUGGAGGAACACCUGGCCACCAGCUCUGACCACUUCACGCUCAGCGUGACACUCGCUGACCUGGCUCCGGCCUCGGUGCCGCUAGGAAAGGUCCGCCUCACCUCUGACGACGAGCUCGCUCGUUUCGCCGAAAUGGUCGAUUCCGGAGCAACAGCUAUCCCGGCCGCGGCCUCGUCUCCCCAAGAGCUUGAUUCCCUGGCGUUGGCGCUCGUGGAACUUCUCCAACUGGCAGCCAAGGCCGCCGGUCGCCCGUCCGCAAAGGGCACGCAGCGCGCCCUGGUGGACAGAAGAAUGCGCCCUCGCCGCGGCGGAAUACCGCGCGAUUAG